AUGAUCAGACAACAACAACCUCAACAAAACCGAUUAGUAGUAGGACAGCAACAAGGACAACAACAACAACAGCAGCAGCAGCAGCAGCAGCAGCAGCAUCAGCAUCAGCAACAACAACCUUCUUUGGCCCCUCCUACAAACAGACCUGUAUCAUUAAAGCCAACCUCAUUGUCUCUUAAAGGUAAUACAACAAAAGGUUUGCAGCAAACAUCUACAAAACCUCCUGCUCUUCACUAUAAUCAUUCUUCUAUUAAUACUGGUCAACAGCAGCAACAACAACAACAACAACAACAACAACUAAACCAACAUCUAAAUUCAAACAACAACAACAACAACAACAACAACAACAACAACAACAAUGGUAGAGGUGGUUUGGGUAACACCACUUCAUUUGAUAGUUAUAAUGCAUCAAAUGAACCAACCAAUUUAUCUCUUUUAAAUCAUCAACAACAACAACAAAUCAAUGUAAAUAAGUCAUCACCUCCAACAAACAACAAUAGUAACAACAACAACAACAACAACAACUUUAUUAGUAGUAGUAUUGAUAAUACUUUUAUGAAUACUCCAUCAGUGUUGGCACACCAUCAACAACAACAACAACAACAACAACAACAACAACAACAACAACAACAACAACAACAACAACAUCAACAACAACAACAUCAACAACAACAACAUCAACAUCAACAUCAACAAAUACAUCAACAGCAACCUCUACAACAAACAGAUAACAAUAUGUUCAUGUAUAAUUCUAUCAACAAACCAGCCUCUCUUUCGACUGCUUCCAAAACUGCCACAUUAAACUUGUCAAAACCUAGUUUUCAUAGCAAACCAGUUAUCAGUUUUACCAACCCAACCAAUAAUAAUAAUAAUACACAUAAUAAUAAUAAUAAUAACUACAACAAUAACCAAAAAAAUGCAAUUAAUUUUAACCAAAACUAUAAUAAUAAUAAUAAUCAUGUAAAUAGGAGCUAUAGUAAUAACAAUAAUAAUAAUUAUAAUAAUAAUUAUAAUACUAUCAACAACAACAACAACAAUAAUAAUAAUCAAAAUAAUAGAGGAACACAUAACAAUUUUAAUAACCAGAAUAUUCAACCAAUUCAACUGCCACCACCUUCACAAUUACCAAUAGUACAUAAUAAUCAACAACAUCAACAACAACAACAACAAAUUGAACAAUCAUUAAAUCAAAUUGAUGACAUUAAUUUUAAUUUUGAUGACGAUACAGAGAUUUUUCAAACAAAUCAACCAAUGGUCAUUUUUAAUCCUCCACCUGCACCUCCUCCCCCUCUUCCUCCUGUUUCAUUGCCCAACAAUCAUUUGGUUCCACCAUUGGUCAUCACUGACCAACAGGAUCACCAAGUAACACAAUUACAGGAUAAAUUAAACAAAGCAGACCAAGACAAGGAAGAAUUAAAACAACAACUGGAAGCAUUAAAACAGCAAUUACUUUUGGAAAAGGAAAAAAAACCAGAAAUUAAAAGGCAGAGAGAGCAAACGACAAAAGAAUUUGAUGUAAAGACCGAGUUGGUUGGUGUAUCUCCGAUUAAAAAAACAAAAACGACAAAUUGCGCACCUACCAUAUCUACCACCACCUCUACCAAUAAUCAUCCAAAAGAUUUUGUAUCAUUUAAACUUAUGAACCUAGACAGCGCCGAUCGUCAGGAACAACGUGAUAGCCAACAAUUAAUGACAAUUGCAAUGUUGCUGGCUGUUACUCAAGAACAACCCCAACCAAGCAUUAAUUAUCUGUUACCGAUUGGAUUGGGAAAUAGCAUUCAAUUUGACACGUCUACUGAAAACACCAACGAACAGAAAACAUCAUCAUCAUCAAUUCCAUUGUCUUCAGCUGCUUGUGGUACUCCUACAACAUCUACACAAAAAAAGAAACAAAAAAGAAGAAAUCAACAACAAUCUCUGUCUUCUCCUUCCUCUUGUUCUCUUGCCUCCUCAACCGUACAGUCCAAUUCGCAACAAAAAUAUUCAAACUCUGUUCUCCUAUAUCCCCCACCAAUCUACUUUCAACAUCAAUUGGAGCAACCACCACCACCACCACUACCACUACCAACAAUCGUCCCGAUUAAUGGCGCACCAGAAAAGGAGAUACAUGUCAUUGACAUUGAUUCACCCGUUCAGCCCCCUCUAGUCUCACAAUCACAACUCUCUUUAUCAAGUCCAACAACAAAAAGUGCAACCUCUUUGAAAACAAAACAGAUGGACAUUGAUAAACAAGAUGCAACAACCAAAACAGAUGCCGAAGCAAAAGAAGAGGAAAUCAACCAACAAAAACUACUUUUUGAGGAAUAUUCAAAAGAGUUGGGUUCUUCUUUUUCAUUUGUUUGGACAUCAGAACAACCACCUUUUAUUUUAUUGGUCAAACUCUACCCUUUCUUAACAUUACCAAAUAUGCAAAUAGUAGAAAAAACAUUGGAUGUAAUAUUGAUUCUCUUACAAAGAAAUCUUUUUAAAAAUGAUAUUAAUUUGUCGACUAGAUGGACCAAAGAUGAAGCAAUUCUCAUAGGAGGGUCACUACCAAACCCAAUUCCAUCAAUCAAAACUAUACUUUUGAUGGCGAUGGAUCAAUAUCAUGACCUUGAAUUUAAGCGUAAAAAUGGAAAUGAUAGUAUGGAUGACCACAACAAUGAUUGCACGAGUGCAAUGGAUAUUGAAAUGGUCAACGAUGACGAUGGCAUGGAUAGUGAUGAAGAUGAAUACCAAUCACCCUCGUACUUAAACCUUCCUAUCAUUUUUCAGGUUCUCUACCAAUUUGACUUGGUCGAUUCAGUACUUCAAAGCAACAAUCUCCAACUCAAAGAACUUUAUUUGGAUAUUGUAGACACUAGUAUUUUGGACAAACUAUUUUAUCAAAGAUCGCUUGUGGACAGAAUGAAUGAUGAAUUACAAAAUUCCUCAGUUCAAACAACAAAAAGUCAACAUUCUUCAUUGCUUCAUAGAACUUGUCUCCUGUUAUGUAUCAAACGACAUGGUCCUCAUAAUACUGUUAGAGAAUUAAGAUAUAAAACUUAUAGGAUUUUAAAAAAAGUUCAUCAUUUUUAUGGUCAUUCCUACUUGGAGAUAAGGGAACUCUUUUUGAAUUCAGCCAUUUUGUUGUUUGGACAAGAACUUAAAGAUUUAAAAAGGUCAAACACUAGGAAUGACCCCUCUGUAUGUCUAAUCAGGGAUAUCCUCAAAUUACUUGUAGAUAUAUGGGCAAAAUCUCUGGAACACGAACCAAUUAGAAUAGAAAAGCAGUCAAUCAAUCUUCUUUCUGCUACGGCAAACAAACUUUUGAAAUACGCUCACAAGGCUCAUAUCAAAGAAUUAUUGGUUCUUUUUGAAAGAUUAAAAGAAAUGUUGGAAUACGAUUUUACACACUUGCAAGAAGAUUCUUUUAUGACCAACUCAUCUGGAGGAGUGGCUAACAAUCAUGAUAAAGUCGGAACCUCUCCGGACCAUCCAACCAUUGUCAACAAUAAUCACCAUCCCCAAAAUGUUGUAAUAAUAUCUUCGCCACCUUAA